AUGACCGCCAGCACCUCCUCCACCCCCAUGGCCACCAUCCCCAUGGCCACCACCACCAUGGGCAUCACCACCAUGGCCAUCACCACCAUGGCCACCACCACCAUGGCCACCACCACCAUGGCCACCACCACCAUGGCCACCACCACCAUGGCCACCACCUCCACCAUGGCCGCCACCACGUCCCUUGCCAUUACCGCACUGCCGCUACCAGGUCUCCUCCUCCCCUGCUCCACCACGACCAGGACCACCAUCCACUCCUCGUCGCCAGUCCCUAGCCAACACGACGGACGGCGGCAACCACACUUCUUGGCAGGGGCGGUGCCCCCACCGCCUCGUCGUGGUGGACAGCUCCGCGUGCUCCCCUCGUCGUCAAGACGAGCAUGGGCACAAGCGUUUCGGCGAGCACUGCACCCACCACACGUCGUCCUGCCCGCAGCUCGAGCCGUGAUUCUCGUCCAGGCAUGCCGUCGUGCACCGCCGACACAUGCCGAUGGGCCUCUCCGGGGCCCGCCGCUCCGCUCCGCUCCAUACGCUGGCCGAUGGGGGGGCGCAAACGUCGACGAGAUAAGAGUCGAUGUGUCGCAAUUUGGCCGAGCGAGGCACCGCCCACCGUUGCACCGAGCGCCGGGCAUCACAGCAUGCAGGUGCUCGUGUUUCUCCUGGCCUACGGCGACACCGUCACGACUCCCACGGCCAUUCCCCUUCGACGAGCGUGCCUUGCUGUCAAGCGAGCCAAAGACAAUUCGGACGGGCGCGCUGGCGUCUGAAACAAGAUCAUCGUCGGCAUCGUAG